CAACCCUCCUUUCCUUCGUUUUUUUUUUUCUUUCUCCGCUCACGACUUCAACACCUCCCUCCUUCCCCUCUCUCUCUGCCUUGCGUCUUGCGACCACAGGGCGAGCGCCGCCGCCUUAGCCAGGUCGUCGGGCGCUUCGCCGGCGACCAGUAUCCGCCAGUUCCUAGACCUAGAAAGGGAGAACUUCCUGGAUACAGCUGUUGCCCUGCACGAGUAACAGAUGGCGAGGAUAAAGCCCAAGCAAUUGCUCAUUCAAAGCAAGACGAAGAAGGCUCCAUCUCGAAUCAGUUACUCUACUAUCGUCACAUGGAACCUGAUUGUCGUCUUGGUUGUGCUAUCUCUCUAUGCCACUUACAGGCAUUGGCAUGAAAGAUCAGCCCAAGACAUUGAAAUGGAUCUUCAUCAAGCUGAGCUUGCUGUGCGACCAGAUGAUUCAAAAAUGACAAGUAGACCGGGAUAUGCAGUUAUGAACACUGGCAAAGGUCCAAUUACUAUAGAAAUAUACAAAGAUGCUUCUGCUGAUGUUGUGAAUAGAUUUAUCAACUUGUGCAAGAGUAAUCACUUCAAAGGAAUGCCAUUCCGCCAUAUCAUAAAAAAUUUUGUAAUUCAAGGUGGUGAUUUUGAUUUUGAUGGAGCUGCCCAAGAAUGGAUAACAAAAGCGAAAGCCAGUGGGAAAAAUGAUCUCAGUCCAAAGCACGAAGCAUUUAUGAUUGGGACUGCUAAGAAUCCUAAUAGCAAAGGAUUUGAUUUGUUUAUCACGACUGCCCCAAUUCCUGAUUUGAAUGACAAGCUUGUUGUAUUUGGGCGAGUCAUCAAGGGAGAGGAUAUUGUUCAGGAGAUUGAAGAAGUCGACACCGAUGAGCAUUAUCAGCCAAAGACCCCCAUAGGCAUCAUGAACAUCAUACUAAAACAGGAGCCAUGAGCAGAUCCUUCCUGUCAGGCGCAUGUACAUGAAAAGCUUAACUACCUGCCUCACUGCUCUCUGUAGUAUACUAGUAUGAAAAGGUCCAUACGUCUCAUUGAGUUGCUGUUGUAUCGAUGACGUGAAUGCGGAUGGGAUCCUUCCUUUGGACGCCCAUGCGUCAUUCCUUUGGACGCCCAUGCGUUGCAGAUUGUGACGGACUGUGCAAUGAAUUCGUGCGGUAUUUGUGUAUAAAUAUUCGCCCUUGCGGGUUUUGGCUGUCAUUUGUGAACAUAAAUGUUGUAAUCUCUGCAGCUACAUCACUUGCCGUAGUCAGUUCCGCCGAGGAUCCGUUGGCCCA